UUUUUAAUAGGUUAUUUUGUUCAGAAGAUAUUAAUGUGGGAUUGAGGAAACCUCACGAUAGUUGGAAACCUUAACUCACAGAACGUUAGUUACAUUGUAACAAAACUAAAGCCUCACCGACGUCGACGAAAGAAAAGAACAAGAUAUAGAUCAGCAGCCGGCUGGACAUUUGAAGAGGAGACGCGAGUUCAAUUGUUCAAUUUUAUGUACUUUGUAUUGUAAUACUUUCUAAAAGACACUUUGAGAUUUGACGAAGAGAAUCGAGUAUGAUUUCUAAUAAUUUUGACUUGAUGUACAAUUUUUUCCAAAACAUUUUGGAUUAUUACUUUUGUUCUGCAACUGAAUAAGCGGGAAAAUUUAAUAGUAACUAAACUAUCCUACAUAUUUUGGGGGCUCGACCGAAUAAUUUAUUUAUUUUUUUCCCGAAAAGAGACGCGAAGGAAGGAAUAAGAUAAUGACCAGCUUACAGAAAUUUGAAUUCGUCCGAGAAAAGCUGUGUAGAAGCCGGAAAGAGAGUAUAGCUGCUCUUCACAAAUUCGUAUUUGAAUCAGAAGGCGAAAGAUUAAACAGACAACGUUUGCGUGAAUUCACAGGAUUUCAAUUCGACGAAUAUGACGAUCAAUACGGUCAAAAGCUUGGGUACAUAGAGAACAAUUUGUUAACGAACGAUCUAGAAGCCAUUUGUAACGUAUUGGGUUUAAAUAGCAACGUGGCGGAUCUGAAGCUGCAUAUUUUUCGAAAUUUGCAGAAGGCAACAUUAUUAUGCGCUGCAGUAGAUAAUGUUGAGAACAGCGACGAAGAAAUCGAAUGUGGUAUGGACGAUAAUAGCGAAAAGGAUGACGAAGAUGUUAUGCGUAGUUUGAAGAAUUAUCUGCGAAUAAUCUACAUAAAUUUCGAAUGUCCACAUCGGACGAAUGCACGACAUUUCGAGAGGGAGCGGAUGGGAAGGAGAAAUACAGAAAACCCAAAUGUUGAAUUAGGUACAACAGGUGUUACAAAAACCACAUCGGUUGCACAACCGAUACAAAUGUCGCGGUUUUCCAUCAAUUUCAGAGACUUCGAAGAUUCUGUUAGACAUUUCGAUGGAAGCGAAAAUAUUGCUGUUGAAAUAUGGUUGAACGAGUUCGAAGAAACGGCUAUUUUGAUGGGUUGGGAUGAACUACAAAAGUUUAUAUUUGCGAAAAAGUCGUUACGAGGGCUGGCUAAAUUGUUUAUUCCAAGUGAACGGGGAAUAACUGCUUGGCAAAAAUUAAAAGCGGCAUUAGCAGAAGAAUUUAAAAUGGUUGUAAACACUGCGAAAAUACACAAACAACUAAGCGCAAGAAAUAUGAAAACGGAAGAAACGGUACAAGAAUAUUUUUUGUGCAUGAAAGAGCUAGC